AUGGUCUCAAGUCCUCAAGUUGCUGGAGCAGAUGGCCAUGCUGCAGGUCGAAGGACCAAGUUUUCAUACAACACCGGCAUCAAAGCUUGCGGCAAAGCACGGCAAUGGGAGCUAGCUGUAAAACUUUUCACAAAGGUGGAAUGCCAACUGAAGCUUUCCACCAUGACCUUCAACAUCCUUGCUGGUGCUGGUUUUCCAUGGCAGGAGGCCUUGAUGGAUGCCAUGCGUCAAUCAGGUGUGGAGCCUUCUGUGGUCACCUGCAACACCGCCAUCUCCGCCUUUGGCAGAAGAUCCCAGUGGUGGUUGGCCCUUCAGCAGCUCCAGCGUUGGCAGCUGGAUCUGUUGUCUUUCAACGCAGCUAUCGCCGCUUGUGCUAAGCACUGGCAAUGGGCUCUGCAAUUAUUGAUGGAUAUGGAAACUUAUGGAUGUGAACGUGAUGUGAUCUCCUACAAUUCGACCAUCAGUGCUUGCGGCAAAGCAGCGCAGUGGCAGUUGGCGCUGCAGAUCUUCUGGCACUUGGGCGUGUUGCGCCUCCGGCGGACGCUGGUGACGUUCAAUGCGGCCAUCAGCGCGUGUGGCGAGUGGCGGAAGGCCUUAGAGCUCCUGGGGCAUUUGGAGAUGACGCCUAGUGUGGUGACUGUAAGUGCAGCUAUCAGUGCCUGCGGAACCUGCAGUGAAUGGUGCUGGGCUCUGGCUUUGCUUCAGGAACUUUGUGAACGACAUCCACAGGAUCUCAAUGAAGUCCCUUUCAAUGCAGCCAUGAGUGCAUGUGAAAGGUCUGAUGAAUGGCAACAGGCGCUGUUGAUGUUGUCAGCUCUCAAUUCCUAUCGCUUACGGCUCUCCACAGCGACAUGCAACACUGUCAUCAGUUGUUUGGGAAAUGCUGGGCUCUGGCAAGAUGCCUUGGGAUUUUUAUUUCAACAGCGCUUUCGUGCCGACAGAAUCUCCUUAAACGCAGCCAUCAGUGCAUCUGAAAAAGCAGGGGAGUGGUGCCAAGCAAUGAAAGUGUUUGACCGGUUCGGAUCCCUUCAACUGACGCCUGACAUUUUGAGCUACAACGGCAUCAUCAGUUCUUUUGAGAAAGCCAACCAAUGGCAACGCGCGCUGGACAUUUUGUGGACUUUGCCAAUAGGUCUGAGGCCAACAAUUAUCACCUACAACGCCACGAUCAGCGCCCUGGAAAAGGCUGGAAAAUGGCAGCUGGCACUUGAUUUGCUAAAGGUCUUGAUGGAUGAGUUGCUGGCACCUACACAUAUCACAUAUGCUGCUGCUAUCAGUGCUUGUGAGAAAUCUGGGGAAUGGGAACGAGCAUUGAUUUUGUUGAAGGACACCUAUUGCCUCCAGCUACAGACCAACAUUGUGGUGUACAAUGCAGCGAUUUCGGCUUGCGAGAAGGGCGGGCAAUGGCAACAUGCCUGGCUCUUGUUGCGACACCUCGAAACAAACUGUACUUCCGAGAUUUCUCCGUCUCUGGUGACCUUCAACGGUCUACUUAGCGCCUUUGAAAAGGGCAACCAGUGGCGCUUGGCGCUGCAGCUGCUCCGUGGUACGGCCACCGCCACGUCUGCCACAGCGACCUCCAUGGACGGCUUCACGGUGAGCGCCGCAGUGAGCGCCUGCGAAAAGGCUGCACGGUGGCGCUGGGCGCUGCGAAUGCUGACAGAUCUGACAGUUCUACCAGUUGCAGUUGUCGGACCUGUUGGAACAGGAACUGUAACAACUGUAACAACUGUAACAACUGUAUCAACUGUAACGAUGGGACAAUUGGGACAACAGUUCGAAGUGGGACAUCAGCUGGUGGCCAGCAAUGGGGCCAUGAGUGCUUGUGAGAAAUCAGGGCAGUGGCAGGUCGCCCUGAGUAUUCUCCGCACCUUGAAGUACCAGCGGAUCAGUGUCAGCAGCGUCAGCUACCACGCGGCCAUCGGCGCCUGUCGCAGGGCGCAGCAGUGGCAGAUGGCCAUCCAACUGUUGGCCGAUGCCGUUGAUCACCUCGGAUCAAGGCUGCGUUCGGACGCCGCACUCAGUGAUGCCACGGCGAAUGCCUGUGAAGCUGCCAGCGAAGCCUCGGCGGCGCAAGAAACGCUGGGGGCCUUCGACGUGCCGGGACUGGUGCGGCAGAUGCGGCAGCAGCGAGAAAAGAGCCCUUGGAUUCGCCUUGGAUCGGUUCGUUUCGGUUAG